AAGUGUUAGUACAAGAUUCAUUAUACAACUGUUGCGGUGUGCAGUUGGUUUGUCUUCAGCGUUUGCUUUCUUUUAAACCGAAAUAAGGAAACAAUCAUAAAUCUGUUCAGGCUAUCGAGCUGAAACAGCUCUUUCGGAGGUGAGGAACCAGGCUCCAGCGGAAGUCCGACCCGAUGGCAUCCGCCGGACAGAUGUAUCCGAGCGGCCCGGCGGAGGGAGCGCGGCCCGGGGAAAGUCUGACGGUCCCCGGCGGCCCGGAGAAGCUGAACUCCUCCGCGGUCAAUCGUAUGCUGAUGGAGUUCUUAAUGUACUUUGGCCGAGCCGUGUUCGUCUUCUAUCCGGUGUAUCUGACAGGAUACCUGGGCCUCAGUGUCAGCUGGGUGCUGCUGUGCAUGGUGAUGAUCACCUGGUGGAAGAAGAACCGCCAGUGGAAGGACGCUCGGAUCGGAACCGCCAUCGAAUUCGUGGACAAUGAAACACAUGUGGUCAACAAGGAGCUGCAAAGUGCCUUACAGAUGGCAUCAUGGGUCCACUUUCCUGAUGUUGAGAAAGUCGACUGGGUUAACAAGGUGUUGGAGCAGGCCUGGCCUUUCUUUGGGAUGUACAUGGAGAAGCUCCUUAAAGAAAACAUCCAGCCAGCUGUGCGGCUCUCCAGCCCCGCGCUCAAAACCUUCACCUUUACCAAGAUCCACUUUGGACACAUACCUCUCAGGAUCACUGGAAUGAAAGUGUACACACAUGAAGUGGAUCACCGGGAGGUGAUCCUGGACUUGAAUAUCAGUUAUGAAGGUGAUGUGGACAUCGACACUGUGGUGAAGGAGCCAAUCACAGCUGGGGUCAAAGGACUUAAACUCAAGGGGAUGCUGAGGGUCAUUUUGGAGCCGCUCAUUGGCGAAGCACCACUGGUGGGAGGCGUCACCUUUUUUUUCAUUCGCCGCCCCUCCCUAGAAAUCAACUGGACUGGCAUGACCAACCUCUUGGACAGCCCUGCCUUCAGUUCAUUGUCUGAGGAGACCAUCAUGGACAUCAUUGCCUCGCUCAUGGUGUUGCCCAACCGCAUGUGUGUGCCCCUCAUAGACCAGGUCAAAGUGGACCAGAUGAGGUUCCCGCUACCUCGCGGCGUGGUGAGGGUCCACCUGCUGGAGGCCAGAGACCUGGUGGCUAAGGACACGUACAUGAUGGGUUUAGUGAAAGGCAAAUCAGACCCCUAUGCAACACUCAGAGUCGGCAACCGGCAUUUUAAAAGCAAGACCAUCAAAGAGAAUUUGAACCCCAGGUGGAAUGAAGUGUAUGAGUUUGUCGUCCACGAGGCCCCAGGGCAAGAGCUGGAGCUGGAGCUCUAUGAUGAGGACACAGAUAAAGACGACUUCAUUGGAAGGUAUCACCUUGAUUUGGGAGAAGUAAAGAGGGACAAACAAAUGGACCAGUGGUUUCCACUGGAAGGGGUCCAGAAUGGAGAAGUUCACCUCAAACUCCAGUGGUUUUCCCUGAAGACCGACCCCAGCCUGCUGACGGAGACUUCAGACGGCCUUGCUUGUGCUAUGCUUGCACUGUAUCUGGACAAUGCGUCAAACCUACCAAAAGACCACAGUGAGAUCACAGAGCAUCACAAACACGGGAAGCGCUCAAAGGACACUCGGCUCACAAAGAGAACUUCUGGCCCAAACUCCUUUGUGGAAUUUUCCAUUGAUGAAGAAGUUCAAAAAAGCAAGGUUGUGUAUGCAUCUAAAGACCCGGUGUGGGAGGAGGGCUUUACCUUCUUUGUGCAUAACGUCCAAACACAGCGACUCAUGGUGCAGGUCAAAGAGCAUGAGAAGAAGACUCCGCUUGGCGUUCUCAACUUGCCCCUGACUCGCCUCCUCAACACCUCCGACAUGACUCUGGACCAGCGCUUCCUGCUGGAGCGCUCCGGAGCGAACAGCCAGAUCAAGAUGAAAGCCAUUCUCAGGAUUCUUACUCUGGAAAAGCCUCCACCUAAGAUCAUCCUCAACCCUCCUCCACAAGUCAAACAAGGAGGACCACAGAGCAACCAAGGAGGUAACGCCCCAGAAUCCUCUGCAGCACUUUCCUCCAGCACCGUCCAGUUCUCAUCUCCGACCCAGCCCGCUGACUCCCACAACGGCCUUCGUGACGACUAUUCAGCUCACCGCCGUGGCUCCCUCGCGGCUUCCGAAACCUCGCGGCCGGCUCCUUCCACCACGUCAAACAUGCGUCGGUUCGACUCCCACAGCCUGCUGUCAGAGAACUCCAUCGCUUCGUCGCGUUUCGACAUUUCAGAGGGAGCCUCGUAUCCAGAGGCCAUCAGGAAACAUCAGGGUUCAUUUGGGGAGAUCCACCUGACUGUACGCUACGCCACCCUGAGGAACAAACUCAUCAUCAUGGUUAACGGCUGCAGGAACUUAUUCCCCUGCAGUGAGAAUGGCACAGACUCUUAUGUCCGCCUGUAUUUGCUCCCUGAGCAAACCUGGAGACACCGCAAGAAGACGCACGUCAAGAAGAGAACAGUUAACCCUGUCUUCAAUGAGAAGUUUGAAUUUGAUGUGUCGCUUAAUGAAGCCCAAACAAGGAAGUUGGACGUGGCUGUGAAAAAUAACAAGAUGUUGUACACACGAGAGAGAAAGGACAUUGGCAUGGUGAUGAUCGAUUUUUCACAGGUGGAUCUGGCCAAAGGCAUCGCACAAUGGUUUGAGCUCACACUACCCGGGCUGAAUAAAUCCAGCUAGCAGGAAGAGCUGUUAAACUGCAGCUUACAGAGCAGCUUCACAGCCACUUCGAGGCCAAAUACUGGCCUGAUAAAUGCUUGGAGAGUUACAUAAUGCUUGUCUUCCUUAUCAUCGCGGACCAGAGUUGGGUUUUCCAGAAGCAGCACUGUACCCACCUCAGACACGGGACAUGUUUGGUCCCGUGUGUCAAAGUGUGGACAAUCACAAGCACAGAAAAUAAGAUUCCACACCACAGCCUGACUUAAGGUCUACCUUGAAAUAAAAUGUUUAAGUGCAUUUUGUCCCACUUACAAAUAUCCACCAUCAUUUAAGAAAAUAUUCAGAAUAAGAUACUGCCCUAAAUUAUCUUGACCACUGCAAACAAAUAACUGCAAAUAAGACUUUUAAACAUGCUUCAGUAUCCCAGAUAAUGUUAGCAUGAGCAGUGUGUUAUUUUAUGAUCAAAUGUUUUGUAGGUUGUUUGAAGUGACGAGCAGAAACCAAAUGAGUCUGAAUCGUAAUGAGCAUUCACAUUUUUCAUAGAAAAAGAGAAUGCAAUUCAUGAGAAAAUGUUUGCAUUGCUGUUCUACCGGGAAACAAGGUGAUGUGUUUACUUUGGAUAUUUUUUGUGAGCUGGUUUGGUUUUUAAGUUGAUCUGAACUAAAGUUGUAUUUUCAUGUAAAUAGUUGUAUUCAUAGUUUUUUUAAUGUAACAUAGUAAGGGAAUUAAAGGAAAAGUCAUGCA